AUGAAUUCAUCUGUGCAGCUACCUCUAAUAGAACUUAAUAUAAGUAGCCUUGGUGGUAACAUUACAGUCCCAACAAACAAGCCAAAAUCAUCAUGUGAACAAGUCGUAAUUGCUGCAGGAGUGUUUCUAACACUAGGCAUUGUAAGUCUCCUUGAAAACAUCCUGGUGAUCUGUGCAAUUAUUAAAAACAAAAACCUGCAUUCUCCAAUGUAUUUUUUUGUAUGCAGUUUAGCUGUAGCUGACAUGUUAGUUAGUGUAUCCAAUGCAUGGGAGACUAUUACAAUAAAUUUGAUUAACAACAGGCAUCUAAUUAUGGAGGAGGUCUUUGUACGUCACAUAGACAAUGUUUUUGAUUCAAUGAUCUGUAUAUCUGUGGUGGCUUCCAUGUGUAGCUUGCUCGCAAUAGCCGUUGAUAGAUAUGUUACCAUUUUCUAUGCCUUACGUUACCACAAUAUCAUGACUAUGAGAAGAGCUGGGGCCAUUAUUGCAUGCAUAUGGACAUUUUGCACUGGUUGCGGGAUUAUCUUUAUUCUUUAUUAUGAAUCAACUUAUGUUAUAAUAUGCCUUAUCACAAUGUUUUUCACAAUGCUUUUUCUCAUGGUUUCUUUAUAUAUACAUAUGUUUUUGCUAGCACGUACUCAUGUUAAGAGAAUAGCAGCUUUGCCUGGCUAUAACUCGGUCCAUCAGCGUACAAGUAUGAAGGGAGCUAUAACUCUUACCAUACUUCUUGGUAUUUUUAUCGUUUGCUGGGCUCCUUUUUUUCUUCACCUUAUUCUCAUGAUUUCUUGUCCACAAAAUCUUUAUUGUGUAUGUUUUAUGUCCCACUUUAAUAUGUACCUUAUUUUAAUAAUGUGCAAUUCUGUUAUCGAUCCAUUAAUAUAUGCAUUCCGGAGCCAAGAAAUGCGUAAAACAUUUAAAGAAAUAUUGUUUUGCUACAACAUAAGAUUGGACUGUACCUUUCCUACCAAAUAUUAA